CUGACAGCUUUUAGAACCAAAUUUACAUUCUCAAAUAUGUUUCUGAUUUUAUCUCGAAACUUGCACCACCGCAUUUGACUAAUCCGUGUUCAGGUCUUAAUUGAUAUUUAUUACUUUACUGGCCUGAACUAGCUCGCAAUCUUUCUCAUCUGAACUGAAAAGUUAACACAGGGCCGAUAAAAUUACUAGUUUAUUAAGUAAUAAUUCAGUUGGUUUGGUUUGAUCUCGGACAUUACUUGUUGGCUUUAGAGUUCAACUUUUCCUGCUAUUUUUUCGAUCUGAAGAAUGACAGAAAGCACAGCUGGUUUUGCUUUGCAGGAUAUUUGUGUUCUUGGCGGGAUCAUAACCGACUUUAUAUGUUAUGUGGAUAAGGAGCCAGCUAGCGGGGAGACAGUACUUGCCAGCGACUUCAGUCAGGGUUUUGGUGGCAAGGGAGCCAACCAGUGUAUUAUGGCCGCCAGAAUGGGCGCAUCAUGUCACAUGGUCGGAAAGGUUGGAAGUGAUCCUAACGGCGUGGAAACUUUGCAGAAUUUCGAAAAUCAUCUCGUCAAUAAAGAUUCAGUCGAAGUCGAUAGCUCAUCACAUACUGGCGUCGCUACAAUCUCAGUGGAAAAGUCCUCGGGCAAAAACAGAAUCAUAGUGGCUCAGGGAGCUAACAAGAAUGUAGACGCAUUUUUUAUUGGAAGCCACUCGAGUGCAUUUGAGAACUGUAGAGUUACGCUAGCUGGGAUGGAGGUUAUGCAAGAUGCUGUCAUCGAGGCAUUGAGACGGGCAAAGAACUUUAAACGUACUACUAUUUUGAACCCUGCUCCUGCUCCAAACGGAUUCAACCAGGAACUCUUUAAUCUGGCUGACGUCUUGUGUCCAAACGAAUCCGAGGCUGCGAAAUUGGUGGGAAAACCAACUGAUUUCAUCAAAUCAGUCGAAGACGCAAAACAAGUAGCACGUGAUCUGCGAAAAUAUGGCGCAAAAACCAUCAUUAUCACGCUUGGCGAAAUGGGCUGUAUUGCGAUGGCAGAAGGCUCCGAGAACAUAUUUCAUGUCGAAGUGCCACCAGUCAACGCCAUUGAUACAACGGGAGCCGGAGAUUGUUUCUGUGGAUGUCUGGCAUUCUUUAUGGCUCGUUUUCCAAAAUUAGCACUGGAGGAAAAGAUCAGACGCAGUUGUGCAGUAGCUUCAGUUUCAGUCCAAAAACGAGGCACACAACUGAGUUUUCCUAGAAAAGAAGAACUGCCAGCUGAGCUAUUUCAAUAGCCAACUGGAAUUAUUUAUUGCUUGCAUCAAGUAUUUGCAGUCGAAAGUUUGUCGAAGCGUUAAAUUAUUAAUAACUUGUGGAAGAAUUGUUGUUUCAGUUUUGAGUGACAUAAAAACUGCCAUCGAUCUGCUACUGUAUUUUUAUCUUCAAUUAAU